UUGGUGGGUUUCUGACCCAUCAGACAAAACGUAGACAAAAUUUAAUGCAAUAAAAGAUACCCUGACAAUUCAUGGUAGAAAUGUAAACAGAAAAACGUGUUACCAAUUUAGGGAAGCAUUGAUACGGGAUCAGUUCAUUCGUGUUCGUUGCAGGCAUUGAUGAGAGCUCUGUUGGUGUUGAUGGAACAUAAUAAAACAUUAUCACCAUCAACAUAGUAAGUUGCGUAUGUGUUGAUGGAAACUAGUAGCAUAGUAGGAUAGUUUCAUCAUCAACAUAGUAAGCUGCGCAAGUGUAAAUGGAGUGGCGUGCGUGGUCGUGCGUCUGGCAGACGGCCGCUGCUGUCGUACUCCUGACGACGACUGCCAGCUCCUGGCAGCGGUAUGAGCGGGAAGCUGGCAACCCAUCAGGAUCGCUCAGUGAAAGACCUGAAGGUCCGCUCAGUGAGAGAUGGGCGGUGGUGGGGGGCAGUGUGGUGCUGCCCUGUGACGUGACAGCCCCACAGCCCGGAGACGCUCCUCUACUCGUGCUCAUCAGCAAGGGCGACACGCCGGUCUACAGCGUCGACGCCAGAGACAGCGGACGGUUUGGCACGGCCGUACAAUGGUCGUCUCCUGAAGCCAUUGCGAACAGAGGCCGUUUCCUGAUGACCGAAGGUGGCGGGCUCGAGAUUUCCUCCGUGCAAGCGGCCGACAAGAGCGACUAUCACUGUCGGGUUGAGUUCCAUAAUUCGCCUACAAGGAACUCCAGGGUUAGACUGCACCUCGUGGUGGCGCCGUCGAAUCCAAUUAUAGAAGACGAGACCGGAAAAAUUCUGAGCGGAGUCAUCGGGCCGUACGCCCUUGGCGAUACCAUCACCCUGGGCUGCAAAGUUAGAGGCGGUUACCCACUGCCUCGCGUCACUUGGUGGCAUGAACGCUUCCUGCUCGAUGACAUCAGCGAGAUCACCGACGGUGUCUUGACGGUCAACAAAAUAACGCUACCGAACCUCAGUCGGCAGCACCUGGACAGGAAACUGACGUGUCAGGCACACAACAGCAACCUCACCAAGCCCAUCCAAACAUCCAUCGUCCUCAACAUGAGCUUUCCCCCUGCGAGCGUGGACAUCGUGGGCCGGGAAGGUCCGCUAGCUGCAGGUCAGCAGUACACGCUGACGUGUCAGAGCACAGGCUCCCGGCCUGCCGCCUCGCUGGUGUGGUCGCUAGACGGCGUUAAGCUCAACAGCUCAGUCGAGGUCGUUCUCCACGGACAGACUCAAUCGACCCUGCAAUUGUCCGCCGCGAGGGAAGUGAACGGCAAAGUAUUGGUGUGCAGGGGAACGAAUCCCGUUCUUCCUCACCUCUUCAAAGAGGACCGAAGAAUACUCGACGUUCAAUAUCCGCCUGAGUUGCACCUCAGUCUCGGGCGGAACCUCAACAUUGACGACAUCAAGGAAAGAGACGACAUCUACUUCGUGUGUCAAGACUUUGCCAACCCUAAAGUAGAUUCAAUCGUGUGGUUCCACAAUGGAAGUGAAGUGAAAACGAACAGAAGUGAAGGCAUCAUCCUGAGCACGCGAAGUCUUGUACUGCAGCGCGUGUUAAAGACUGCCAGCGGUCAGUACACUUGCGGAGCCAGCAACGUACAGGGCUCUGCCACUUCCAAUGCCAUCACGCUCAACGUCCACUACGCCCCGGUGUGCGCACACGGCCAGCAAUGGGUGUACGGCAGCGGCAGACGUGACCUCGUCAACAUAACCUGCGACGUGGAAGCCUCUCCUUUACCUCACUCGUUCUCAUGGUCCUUGAACUCAUCGUCCACUGACCUGCUAGACGUGCCGCGUAGCAAAGUUUUCAACAGAGAACUCAGUUCUGUUCUUGCCUACACGCCGCACACGCCGCUGGAUUACGGCUCUUUGUUGUGCUGGGCCGAGAACUCGGUCGGCAGGCAGAAAGAUCCUUGCGUAUUCCAGGUUGUGCCAGCGGCAGUGCCGGAGCCUGUGCACAAUUGUUCUGCAUGGCACAACAACAGCGCAGCGGGUCAGGUCGUCAUACUCUGCUGGCCGGGCUGGAACGGAGGGCUGGAGCAGACCUUCAGCCUCCAUGUGAACGAAGGCGAUGAACAUUCACUAGUAGCAUCAAAAAAGAAUCAAGAAAGCCCCCGCUUCACCGUAACAGGACUGAAGCCCGGUAAAGAGUACACAUUACACGUGAUCGCAAGCAACAGUCAAGGUGAGACCAAGCCCGUCACUCUACGCCACCUCACACCUAUCGACAUCGCUGAGAAAAGACUGAGUAAAACUUUGACGGAAACCGGAGUCGGCGUGUCAACUGCCAUCGGGGUAUUGGUUGGAGUGGGGUCAGUGUUAUUACUGUGCUGCGUCAUGUCGGUGGUGCUCUUCAAGGCUCGGGCUGCCACGAACAUGAGGAAAUUGCAGGCAACGCAGAUGGAAGUUAGUGAGCGAAACGAUGACGAUGACGCGUGCUUCAAGUCGGACAGCGAACCUGAUGUCAUCCUCACGACUGCACAAUCGAAAGGCUGCAAAGAAGACCACCAACUUACGCUGACAAGUGAGCUGGUGACAGACAACACUCAGCAGUCUCAACCUGUCGUACCAGACCAGAGAUCUGCCCAACCUCAGGCGGGUGCCGGAGGGCGAUCUGACCUCGCCAUGUUUGCGAGCGGCACGCAAGCGGACAAUCCAGACCAAACAUCAAUGCCGGGCCACAACAGGCCAAACCUGUACCCUGGCCAGCCGAGUCAUGGAACAGGGGUUCCAGGCCUCAGUGGACGUCAAUUCAGCCCUCCUUUAAACCCCGAGCUUCUCUGCUCUGAAGCACCUUAUUAUGAUAUGUGUCAGCAAAUGGGUCAAGCUUACAAUAAAAUGCCCUCUACCAGCGAAAUAGAGAAUACUCCAUUUUUUAGAAGACACGAUAGAACGUACAAUACGAAAAACGAGUGUAAUUCCAGCCUGUCAAACUUGAGCCUUGUGCCUGAAGUUAUUAAAGGUAAACAAGCUGCAACGUUUGAGCAAGCACUACAUUACGGUGCUGGCGAAGGAGAUUUGUUAAUAGACGCAAGAUUGCGUGGUACUCUAACAAGGAAUCGAAAAAUUCCAAUUUCAGAAGAAAUGACUCCUGUUUUAGUGGGAAACAUUAAAAAGAAGAACAGUGAGAACACUCCGCCAUCCACGCGAUUUCCGAACUCACCUGUAACGUCUCCGCAGAGGGAAAGCGUUGUCUAGAGUUCCUUUUUCGUAUUAUUACUUGAAGAAUUUUAGACGAAGAUAUCAAAUGCUCCAUUGAAACUGAUGGAGAUCAUUUAUGGAACUGUCCUGGUGCAGAAUUUUUUAAUGUGACCUUCUCGUUAUAAGUGUUCUAGCAUGUGUCUGUUUUCUGACGCAAUAUUGAUGAAGCUGUAGCUAUUUACUGAAAUAUUUAAUUAAGGAACGGGAUACUAAUUGGAUUU